UGACGUUGCAGUUGGAUUGGGAAUGUGAAAGCUGUCUGGCUGCGGACAGCAAAAUGGAAACUCGGAAACAUGCACAAUUUGCGAUCUCGCGCGAACUUGAUACACGUUUACGUCGCUUGUCGAGAUAGAGCGCCUUAGCUACGCUGUACAAGGCAGAGGGAUGAGGAGCGAAAGGGCACUCAAUGUUCAUUCUAGUUCCUGUCUUGCUUCCCGGUGGAAGGUGGUGCAACACGUGCCCCUCCUCGAAGCCAAUCGGAGUCCAAUGACGCGAUCUGCCGACGCUAAAAGUUUCACAUUCAACAUGGCAAGAAGCACAACUCAUCAUCUGUGGUGACUCCAUAUGCUCCAGCCCUUUCUCAGUGAAGGCAAGAUGGUUCUUCAAGCGAUUCGAUACCAGCCAGGGAGUCUGCAAAUCCUCAAUCAGCUCAAGCUACCGCAUCAAGAAGAAUACGACGAGAUCAAAACUGCCGAAGAUGGAUGGCAUGCGAUUAAAGAUAUGCGAACUCGUGGAGCCCCGGCCAUAGCGAUCGUUGCAGCUUUGGCACUUGCUGUUGAGCUUACGAGUUCCGCACUCUCUAGCAAUGCUGAGGAAGUGGCGGCUUUCAUUGUCGAGAAGUUGGACUAUUUGGUCACGAGCAGACCGACUGCUGUUAAUCUUGCUGAUGCUGCUGGCAAGCUGAAGAAGAUUGUGACAUCUGCUGCGAAGGAGGGCGGCGCAGGCGGCGCAUCCGUUUCCAAGGCCUACUGCGACGCUGCGGCACAAAUGCUUGUUGCUGACGUCUCCGACAACGAAGGUAUUGGCAAGCAUGGGGCUGAAUGGAUCUCAAAGGCCGCGGGUGGGGGCCAAGUGAGCGUUGUGACACAUUGCAACACUGGCUCUCUUGCAACCGCAGGCUACGGGACUGCACUCGGAGUAAUCCGUUCUCUUCACGCCAAUGGGUCAUUGAAGCACGCCUUCUGCACGGAGACUCGGCCGUAUAACCAAGGCUCGCGCUUGACGGCGUUCGAGCUGGUGCACGAUAAUAUUCCAGCCACUUUGAUCACCGAUUCCAUGGCAUCAGCUCUACUGCGGCUGAAAGGACCCGAGCAACGGAUCGCAGCCAUAGUCGUUGGUGCAGACCGCGUGGCAGCUAACGGCGAUACUGCGAACAAGAUCGGCACAUAUCAGCUUGCGAUCACGGCCAAGUACCACGGAGUCAAGUUCCUGGUCGCUGCUCCACGAACGACAAUUGAUCUGAGCACAAAAUCAGGCGCCGAUAUUGUGAUUGAAGAGCGACCCGGGAAGGAGAUGACGUUCGUGAAGGGACCAAGGUUCGAUGGAGUGGACCUUGACCUCAGCCAGGUCGAGACCGUGAGCAUUGCAGCCAAGGGUAUUGACGUGUGGAACCCAUCAUUUGAUGUGACGCCCGCAGAGCUGAUCGAUGGGAUCAUCACGGAGGUCGGCGUAGUAGAGAAGGAUGCUUCCGGGAAGUUCGACUUGACCUUGGCCAUGGAGGCUCAUCACGAGGGGGUGAAGCCAACGACGGUUGGCGGGCUGUAGGCAGAGCAGCGAUGGCCCAGGUUUCUCUUCUCCAAGAAGGGUCGAGGACGAUUCGUACCCUCUGAGUGCUUGCCAGUAGAUACAGACGUGCGCCGAAUUUUCGUGGACCAACUCCAGGCAGCAUGCGCAGCACUCGUGUCACUCUGAGCAGCUGCAUCAUGUCUAGCCUCUCUCGUCCAGUAUUCAGUGU